AUGUCUGCUGCAGGUGCUCCUGAUCCGGUCGUCCCUGGCCACCACGAGACGAAUCAGGACCCCGACUUCUUGCAGCAAGCAGCUUCACGCAUAGAGUAUAGAGUGGUCGAUGUGUCGCCGGACAUCAAGUUCUCGAGGGUCCUCGCGGGAAACCAGGCGUUUAUCGAUGGAGACGUCCAGACAGAUUCAUUCCGAAACACCUCCACGAGCUCUUCUCAACCAUACCUGAACCUUCUGAUGAAGCUCUCGCGCAAGCCGUGUCGUCCUGCGCGACGAGCCAAUUCCUGCUUCCUCCAACCCUGGGACGUCACUCACUUCUCGUGCUUCAUCGCGACGUUUACGAGCACUACCAUCCGCCAACCCAACACGACAGAUCCCUCGCCCACCUAUUCCGUCACCGUCCGCUCCUUCCCGUACACCGCGACGACCUCCCGCCCGGACGGCUUCUCGCGCACCUUUGCUGCCAUAUCCGCUGUGCUCGAGUCUCCCCUCACCACCUUCGUCGGCGCACAUGCCCGCACGACCAUCGUUCCACAGCCCGCCCCCGCCGCGGCGCCCGCGUCUUCGACGACCAUCUCGUCGCGCGUGCACGUCUUCGCCCCUGGAUCAGCCGCGCCCACCGCGCUCGUCCUCUCUGGCGCUCUCGACCGACAGGACGGGCGCGGGGCCGGGCGCGAAGGGGGCUGCGCGCGGCGAUGCCGACUGCCGCUGUUUAAAUUCAUCAUGGAACUUCAGAACCGCAUAAUCUGCUCCUUGCCAUGCCUCCCGGUGGAGAUUCUCAAAGUUAUCAUCGAGUACCGCUGGCGAGUGCAUUCUUCUCGCAAAGAGCACCUCAGCAUGUGUCACGCACUCAGAAAGGCCUCUCCAACAUUCGCGGCGGUUAUUAUCUGGCUUGAGAUGGAAUAUCCCCAGCUGUACAUCGACUUGAGUGCUCCUCGAGAAUACCUCUAUUUUUCACCCCGCGCUGAACACAUGACCGGCCAGGACGUCUCGGCCACUGCACACGCCGACUCGACACCCAUCGUCAAGCAUUUCUACGUCAGCAUAGACACCUCCGGAACACAUUCGUUUAUCCAGGGGUGGAGCACACGUCUGGAGGACCGUGGCUAUUUUUUCCCUAUCAGCCUCCGGAGAUGCAAUUCCGUGACUCUGCGGCUCAGCGAAACGCCCUUGAUGUCGAAGCCGUCCUACCACAAGUUCCUACACACCCUCGCCCUGCGUUUCCCGCGUUCACGCACCUCCACCUCAACCCCUAGGUGA